AUGGGCAUCCGGAGGAAAGAUCAAGUAUUCGACCAGCAUGAGAUUGUCAAAUGCUUCUCCGUGGACACGUUUGAGACGCUGGUGGACUACGAUUUGCCAAAGGAUGUUACCGGCAAGCGAAUGGCCAAGGGAAUGGAUCGAACACGAAUUCUCAACGAACAGACGUUCGAGUAUGAAGAAAAUCUAGCGACGCCCGUUUUUAUCACCCUUGGCGGCGGCCAUUCGGCAUUUGAACGCCGGAGGUGCGCGGUGGAUAUUGGGCGAAGGUCGGAAAAUGACGCGCAAGUGGCCGGCUACUCGAUUGAAUUCCACGACUUUUGGCACGGCGGUCACUGGGAUCUGGCCGCGAUCAAGGAGCUGCUGCACGAGACGCUGGAACCCCUCCCAGCCGGCCGUCUACGCUACAUUUGCGGAGUGUUCUCGCCCACCCAAGUUUGGCACUUGGUGAGGAUGGGCAUCGACCUCUUCGACACGUCCUUUGCCUCAAAAAUGGCUGAUGAAGCAAAGGCGAUACGGCUCGCACCCGAUUUUGCGGAGACCUCCAGCUUCACAUUGAUGGACUUUACCGACGAUCACGCCAUGGACGAGGAGCGCGUGAAGCUGGACAAACGAUUUGACUGGGUGGGCCCGAUGGAUCGACUGUCUAAAAUUCGCGCGAUCCGUUUACGGCAAGUCACCAACGAAACCGACCUCGAGCGGCAAUACAGGGAGAAUCGGGAGAAACUGAACAGAUGGUGCUCAGCGUUUUGGGCCGACCACAACACAAAGUUCGACCGCGAAAAGGCCGCCUAUGUCGACAAGAGAAAAUCCGAAAUCGGCCGAACAGAGCAGGUGUCCGCCGAGGAUUUGUCCAAAUUCUACAAGCAGUUCUUGGACUCGCGGCAUCAAGCUUUGAUGGAUUUUAAUAGCGAAUGGUACCGCCGUAACCUGGGAUUGAUCUGGCCGGCCCUGCAAGUCAACAUGAUCCGGUUAAAACGCCUCCUGCUCCGUCGC